UAGUUGCAAUCCCUUCGUAUUUCUGGGGCGCCCAGCUGGCGAAGCGGCAAGAUGGAGGCUUCCCCUUUUACACGGGCUACUCUGCGGCGAGGGCCUUGGUUGGCAAGGGGGCGAGGUCCAUGGAGGAUCUGAGAAGGCUGUCGCGCGAGGCGGAAGACAUGCUGGCGGAGAUGUUUGCUAGCAUUAGAAGUGACGGCGGAGGCGACGCGGCGCGGCCCAGGGUGGUGCAACUGCGGCUGUCGCCGGAGCUGGCGCUGUGGAAAAGCGCGCAACACGCAAUCGGCAACGUGUUGCCCACUAAGGGCGCCGGGCUGGUCCUAGCCACGCCGCAGGUUCUCGCCUUGCUGGGCGCCGCCGACUGGCCUGAGGCGAUGACAACAACCAACGCCCUAUCUGGCAGCGGCAUGGCGAACCUACUGAUUGGCGCCUCCGACGUGCGCACGCUCUUUUCCAACUACGUUGUGGACAUGGCAUUUUACUACGAGCACGGGUAUCACAAGGUGUUCCCCUCCUUCAGCCGCCUCCUGCGCGACGGGCUCGCUGACGCCCGCUCGCUACGAACCCUUGGUGGCCGGCAGCGACGCGAGGCCGUCGCAAUUGGCGCGUCCUACAUCCGAGCCAAGAUCGCGCUGGAGGCGGCGCACAGGACGCUCCUCAAGGACCGGUCAGCACAAAUGGACCGUCGCGCCGCCCAGGUCAUGGCCCUGUUGGAGAGCAGCAUCCUCGGCAUGGGUGCUGAGGCCAUAGCCCGGGGCUUCGAUGUUGGCGCCGUCACGAGCGACCUAGUCUUCAGCUCGCCCGGCACAGAUGUCAUCGAUGUGGGCAGCGACCUGGUCAACUCCGAGGUCAUGAAUUCGUUCCUCAACGUGGCCGACAUCGCCACCUCAGGCGUCGUCAGCGAGCCGGCGCUGAGGGCCAUCUACGACGCCUACGCUGCCACGGGAGCUCGGAUGUACACCCAGAGGUGGCACGAGCCUGUGGCCCGGAUGUGCAUCACCUUGUACACUUGGCACCUGCACAACGACCGGCACAU